UUACUUGUAUCACGCGAAAAGCAUUUUGUUUGGGAACUGCAAGUUUGACAUGUGUUUCAGUUUCAGUGAGCGAAAACAAGAAAUAAGAUUAAAAUUGAAGUUAUUAAUGUAAUUAAUAGGAUGGCUACAUACGAUAACAAGAUUUGGUUGUUAAAAAAUAUACGAGAUGCUUUCAUUGCGACUGACGACACCGGUUUAUGUGAGAUCGUUAUGGCUGGAGACGACUUUUCGAAAGUGUUCCAAAAUAAAGCUGUUGAAGAGAAAAAGAGGAUAAAAGAGUUGAGGUUGACUCAGCCUGGACCUAGCAAAGGUAAAGAUGGCAUGGGGGACAUAUCUGAAGAGGAGGUUGGAAGGGAGAUAGUUACACAAUUUGAUCCUUAUCCUGAUAUGGAUGAUAGUGAGGAUGACGACCCGUUGUGUGGCAGCUACGUGCGCUCCGAGGAGUUUGGAGGACACAGGCCAAGAUCCAACACAGCUCAAUGGCUUGACAAGAAGGAGCAAGCAUUAAAAAAGGCAGCCAAAAUAAAAGUUAUAAAAUGGGAAGAUUCCACACCCCUCACAAAAGACCAGUUAACUGAGGCAUUUUCUAAAUUUGAAGUUAAGAAACCAGAGAAGAAGAAAUCUUUGUUAGCUGAACAACUGCAGAACUGUCCCAACUUACCUCACCGUCAAUAUUUGGAGUAUGCAAAGUUUGAUGGGACUGCACAACUGGGGCUCCCUACAAAGUCAUUCAAGAUCUUCAUGACUAUGCUACCGGAAAAGUAUCAGAAUUACCCCCUAGUUGUGUGUGUCAUUGCCAGUGCUAAGAUCAAGGAUUUAAUUGGUUUCACAUGCUAUAAAUACAGCAUCGAUCAUCCAGACAUAACACUUGGUUCUGUGCAUGAUUACGGACUUUGUAUAGCAGAGGAUGAUGGAGAGGUUGACUGGGCGUUUCCCUGCCUUGAUGCUAACGAGCCCUGUUCCAAGUUCGGUUUCACAUGUCUCGGGCUAGUAGAAUUAAAAAAUAAAAACGCCAUGACCUUACCUCCUUCAUCAAUACCAGAGGAUGGUAUGAGUGGGGCCUUCCAUGUGUUCUCAAAAGUCACAGACUCUGGUCAAAGUCAUCAUAAUCCAUCCAGACACAAUACAGGAGGCAGUUCUACAUCGGAAGCCGUUCUGAUAGCUCUGAAGGCUUUAAAUGAAGGUGGUGCAGACACAGACUUAGGCAAGAUGCAGUCUCAUAUAAUGGCUACCGAGGCGCCGCAGUACAAAGCAUACAAAGUGCAGUUACUUCGGAAAGUGAGGACAAAUACAUCGGUACAGCUCGGCAUCUCGCUCGACAGGAUAGAAGUGGAACCGCUAGUCACACAUAAACACGCGUUCUGGUCGAGGUCGAAGUACUUCUUACACAGCAUAGACUCGGUCGCUUGGUGCCAGAUCCUGGAGACACGGGGUAAUAGGACCACCUUCAGAAUAGUCUACUCUCCUAGUCACAACGUUACCUACGCCGAUAGGAGUAAUGCAGGUAACUCCACAAUAUUCCAGCCAAACACAUCAUACAAGCUCCACGACUUCGAGUGCGAACACGACACAGCUAAAGAAAUCGUUGAGAAGGUAAACACAAUACUAGACCUUAGGAACAGUCCGUGCCGCCGCGAAUACAAGACUGCCAAAGAAAAGAAAUUACAGACCAGACGAAGUUUUCACACGAAACACAUGAGUUGAGUCUUGUAGAUACUCCUGUACAGUGUAAUAUACUCCAGUGAAAGUUCCUUUAGUACAUUAAACACAAGUGAAAUAGUAUACAUUAGUUUGUCUCGGAAGGUGUAAAGUGCUAGUAAACCGUAGCAUCCCUCAUAGAGGCCAUCGUCAAUCACAACUAGUAUUUAAAAAGCUGGAAUUGAGUAAAGUUUGUUAGAAGCAUUUAUCUCAACCAUUUGGAUUUUUUAGGUUUAAUGAACCAGGAAAAUUAUGUUAUAAUCUAGUCCUUUCCUGCCCUGAAUGAUUUCAAAUGACAUAUUUAUCCUCAAUAUUAUGAUGAGUGUAUUCUCAGUUGGAAUCAGCAUUUGUUUCAAGAGAAUGUGUAAUUACUGGUAUAGUGUGUGCUUGAAUGGCUUAUUGAAUGCAAGGCAUCGAUUGAUAGAGGCUUCCAGCCAUUGUUAUUGACGUGAUUCUAAACAGGUUGUGUUUUUGUAGCAGUAAAUGGAUGCAGUGGCCACGGAUAUUAACAAAAAGUUAAUAAUGAUACUAAGUACAAUUUUGGUUGAUUAUCAUAUCGUGGUUUGACUAAAGAAACCAAUACAAUUUUAUCUGCCUGGGCAGUAAAUUGUCGUUUUAAUUUAAAAAAUCCAGUUUAUGUUAAACCUGAUUUUGUUCUUUCUGGUUUCGUUUUAUAUUAAUUUUUCAGUAUUACUUGAAAUUAACACAUUUGAUGCCGUGUCGGACAAUGACGACCGACGCUAGCGGAGGAUUAGCCUUUAGAAGUUUAUUACUAUAAAUUCGUUGCCCAAUAAGCAAGUAUCUACAAUAUGAUGUCACACAUAGCAUACAUAGUAAGUUAGCCCCGUUGUAGGUGAGAUGUACUGUCUAUCUUUGAUAUAUUUGCAUCAGCCACACUGCAGUUAAGAUACAGCCUGUUUAGAAGCACCUUUAAAAUUAAAAUUAAAUGAAAAUAAAAUUGCAACCACAUGAAUUGAUUCAUACUGUAGCAUUGACAAUUUUAUAUGUUGGAAUUCCUAAUUUGUAAGUUAAUUUAGCAAAAUUAUUAUUUAUGCAAAUCAAAAUUAUACAUACUUAUUGCUGAAUUGCUGUAAUAAGUAUGUAUAAUUUGAUUGCAGAACACAUGCUUUUUAGACAAAAACAAAAAAAAAAAACAUUUUAAAUAUAA